AUGGGAGAAAAGGAUGAUACAAAUCAAGCAUUAUUGCUUCAAGAUAACCCAGAAGAAGUGAAAGAGAUUGUUGAGGAAAUCACGCAAAAGAAAUCGAAAUAUCAAAAGAUUCCUUUUCUUCAUAAAAUGUAUUGGUUUUUUUAUAGAAAACCGAAGUAUUUUUUGGUUUUUAUUCCAUCAUUUGUUGUAGGAUAUACAGCUAUUCAGUCAAAUUUAUACGCCGGUAAAAUCAUUGAUUCGUUAUUAACAGAUGAUCCAAUUCCUUUGAUCAAGAAGUAUUCAUUAUACAUGUUUAUUAUGGCUAUCACUAAUUCAAUAUUAAAUCUCGUUAAUAAUACAUUUUGGAAUCAAAUUGGUUCGAUUAUUAACUGCAAAGUUAAACGAGUUAUAUUUAAAAAGUACAUGCAAAGUGAUGUUACUUAUUUUGACAAAACAUCUAUUGGAGAUUCUUUAAAUUUACUAAAUGAGGAUGCUGGGCAAGUUUCUUCUGUCUUUAAUUUCUCGAAAUACACGCAAUUGCGAAACAUAGGUCAAUUGAUAUCAUCUAUAAUUGUCGGAUUUACAAUUAGUGCACCAAUUACUUGUUUUUCAUUAUUUAUUACACUUUUUAACGCCGUAAUACUUCGAGCAAUCAAAAACUACGCUGUUAGCAAUAUGAGAGCUAAAUCAAAGGUAAAUGCUAAAGCUUUAACAGUAGCUCUUGAAUCAAUGUCAAAUCCAAGAGUAAUUUAUUCAUAUAACCAAGAGAAAAACGAGUACGAGAAAUACUACAACAUUGUCAGCCGUUCCUGCCAUUUAGAAAGAGUUUCUCAUGGAAUAUUUUCUUUAUCAUUCCGAGGUGGUCAUAUGUUGAACCAAGGAACAUGGUCGGUCGUUCUAUCGUUUGACGGAUUUUUAAUUUUACGCAAUAAAAUCUCUGCUGGAGAUUUAUUUGCGAUUUUACGAAUUGUCAAUUUGUUUUCUUUCCUUCUAGGCAUGCUUUUAGCAACUGCCAAUCGUGAAGCAAGAAGUAUUGAAGCUGCCGAUCGUAUUUUUGAGUUACUUGAAAAUAAUGAAUCUGUAGAUUUGACAAGUGGCUACGAACCAUCGGAAUUGAAAGGAAAUAUUGAGUUUAGAAAUGUUUGGUUCAAGUAUCCAACAAGAGAUCAGUGGGUAUUGAAGAAUGUUUCAUUCAAAAUCAAAACAGGAGACAUCGUUGCAUUUGUUGGUCACAGUGGAUGUGGUAAGAGUACUAUUGUUCAGUUGUUAUUACGAUUUUACGAUGUUAAUGAAGGCAGUAUUUUCAUUGAUGAUGUCAAUAUCAAAGAAUACUCAGCAUCAUUCCUUCACAGGAACAUCGGUGUUGUUCAACAAGACAGCAGUUUGUUUACACUUAGUGUUCGUGACAACAUUCUUUAUGGGAAACCAGACAGCAGCAAGGAAGAAGUCGAGAAAGCAGCUAAGAUUGCAUUUGCACACAACUUCAUCAUGAAACUUCCACAACAAUACGACUCUAAAGUUGGUGAGAAAGGCACAACACUUAGUGGUGGACAACGUCAACGAAUUGCUAUUGCACGUGCAGUUCUUAAGAAUCCAUCAGUUCUCAUCACAGACGAAGCAACAGCAGCACUCGACUCAGUUAGUGAGAAGAAAGUUGAGAAAGCACUUCGUGCAGUUAUGUCCGAACGAACAUCAAUCAUCAUUGCACACCGCCUUGGUACUAUCCGAUGUGCAUCACACAUCUUUGUUUUUGAUGAUGGUGAACUUGUUGAAGAAGGCAGUCACGACGAACUUAUUUCCAAACGCGGAAUUUACUAUGAACUUGUAAAGAUACAAUUAAAUGCAUAA